CCAAGUCUUUGGGGGCUGCCGACAGGUGUUUGGGGGAGAAGGCGGGGCUGGAAUAGGCAGGAUGAGGAGGGAGGGGCGGUGCUGCCCCUUUAAGAGGCGGCGGCCGAGCCGGGACCUUUUUCUCUUUCCCCGGAAGGAAAGCGCAGCCCGGGCUGUGCGCGCAAGGUGGGGAGGUGCGGGACUGGGCGUGGGGAGGCGGGGCGCGCGCCGAGGGACCCCUCCCUCCUGUCCUCCUUGCGGUCGACCGGUGAGCUUGCCAGAUCCGCCGCGGAGCCGGGAUCAGAGGCCACACUGUGGCCAAGGGGGCGCGGCCGGGACUAGCUGGGGGCCGGUUGCCCGGGGCAGGGGCAGCGGUGACCUGGCCUUCUGGGGAGGCGGGAAGAUAGACCCACGGACCUUAGGAGGGGAUCCGAGAGCGCAGACCCUGGGCAGCUGUGAAACUGGCUGCGGCUGGGGGUACGAAACCGAUCGGCACUACGGAGCGCAGCGGCCGGCGGGUUCCAGCGUCCUCCGGCGGCGCAGGGAGCAGGUGAACAGGUCCUUGCCCAGCUCCGCGCCCUCACGCGCUCUCGCCCGGACCCCGCGCCCGCUCGCAGCCAUGGGACCCCGCCCCAGCCGCGCGCCCCGCGCCCCACGCCUGAUGCUCUGCGUGCUCGCCUUGAUGGUGGCCGCCGGCGGCCGCCUCGUCUCCGCCUUCAACCUGGAUACCCGAUUCCUGGUAGUGAAGGAGGCCGAGAACCCGGGCAGCCUCUUCGGCUACUCGGUCGCCCUCCAUCGGCAGACUGAGCGGCAGCAGCGCUACCUGCUCCUGGCUGGUGCCCCCCGGGAGCUCGCUGUGCCCGAUGGCUACACCAACCGGACUGGUGCAGUGUACCUGUGCCCACUCACUGCCCACAAGGACGACUGUAAGCGGAUGGACAUCACAGUGAAAAGUGACCCCGGCCAUCACAUUAUUGAGGACAUGUGGCUUGGAGUGACUGUGGCCAGCCAGGGUCCUGCAGGCAGAGUCCUGGUCUGUGCCCACCGCUACACGCAGGUGCUGUGGUCGGGGUCAGAAGACCAGCGGCGCAUGGUGGGCAAGUGCUUUGUGCGAGGCAAUGACCUACAGUUGGACCCCAGUGAUGACUGGCAGACCUACCACAACGAGAUGUGCAACAGCAACACUGACUACCUGGAGACGGGCAUGUGCCAGCUGGGCACCAGUGGCGGCUUCACCCAGAACACCGUGUACUUCGGUGCCCCUGGUGCCUACAACUGGAAAGGAAACAGCUACAUGAUUCAGCGUAAGGACUGGGACUUGUCUGAGUAUAGUUACAAGGACCCAGAGGACCAAGGAAACCUCUAUAUUGGGUACACGGUGCAGGUAGGCAGCGCCAUCCUGCACCCCACAGACAUCACCAUUGUGACAGGUGCCCCACGGCACCGACAUAUGGGCGCAGUCUUCUUGCUGAGCCGGGAAGCUGGCGGAGACCUGCGGAGGAGGCAGGUGCUGGAGGGCUCACAGGUGGGCGCCUAUUUUGGCAGCGCCAUUGCCCUAGCAGACCUGAACAAUGAUGGGUGGCAGGACCUUCUGGUGGGCGCCCCCCACUACUUUGAGAGGAAAGAGGAGGUAGGGGGUGCCAUCUAUGUCUUCAUGAACCAGGCAGGAACCUCCUUCCCUGCUCACCCCUCCCUCCUUCUUCAUGGCCCCAGUGGCUCUGCCUUCGGCUUCUCCGUGGCCAGCAUUGGUGACAUCAACCAGGAUGGAUUUCAGGAUAUUGCCGUGGGAGCCCCGUUUGAAGGCUUGGGCAAAGUGUACAUCUACCACAGUAGCUCCCAGGGGCUCCUGAGACAGCCCCAGCAGGUAAUCCACGGAGAGAAGCUGGGACUGCCUGGCUUGGCCACCUUCGGCUACUCCCUCAGUGGGCAGAUGGAUGUGGACGAGAACUUCUACCCAGACCUUCUAGUGGGAAGCCUGUCAGACCGCAUUGUGCUGCUGCGGGCUCGGCCCGUCAUCAACAUCGUCUACAAGACCUUAGUGGCCAGGCCAGCUGUGCUGGACCCUGCGGUUUGCACACCCACCUCCUGUGUGCAAGUGGAGCUAUGCUUCGCCUACAACCAGAGUGCUGGGAACCCCAACUACAGGCGAAACAUCACCCUGGCCUACACUCUGGAGGCCGACAGGGACCGCCGCCCACCCCGGCUCCGUUUUGCCGGCAGUGAGUCCGCUGUCUUCCAUGGCUUCUUCUCCAUGCCCGAGAUGCGCUGCCAGAAGCUGGAGCUGCUCCUGAUGGACAACCUCCGUGACAAACUCCGGCCCAUCAUCAUCUCCAUGAACUACUCUUUACCUUUGCGGAUGCCCGAUCGCCCUCGACUGGGGCUGCGGUCCCUGGACGCCUACCCCAUCCUCAACGAGGCACAGUCUCUGGAGAACCACACUGAGAUCCAGUUCCAGAAGGAGUGUGGGCCUGACAACAAGUGUGAGAGUAACUUGCAGAUGCGGGCAGCCUUCGUGUCGGAGCAGCUGCGGAAGCUGAGCAGGCUCCAGUAUAGCAGAGACGUCCGGAAACUGCUCCUGAGCAUCAACGUGACGAACCCCCGGACCUCGGAUCGCAUCGGGGAGGAUGCCCACGAGGCGCUGCUCACCCUGGUGGUGCCUCCCGCCCUGCUGCUGUCCUCAGUGCGCCCCCCUGGGGCCUGCCAAGAUAAUGAGACCAUCUUUUGUGAGCUGGGGAACCCCUUCAAACGCAACCAGAGGAUGGAGCUGCUCAUCGCCUUUGAGGUCACUGGGGUGACCCUGCACACAAGGGACCUUCAGGUGCAGCUGCAGCUCUCCACGUCAAGUCACCAGGACAACCUGCAGCCCAUGACCCUGACUCUGCUGGUGGACUAUACACUCCAGACCUCGCUCAGCAUGGUAAAUCACCGGCUACAAAGCUUCUUUGGGGGGACAGUGAUGGGCGAGUCUGGCAUGAAAACUGUGGAGGAUGUGGGAAGCCCCCUCAAGUAUGAAUUCCAGGUGGGCCCAAUGGGGGAGGGGCUGGUGGGCCUGGGGACCCUGGUCCUGGGUCUGGAGUGGCCCUACGAAGUCAGCAAUGGCAAGUGGCUGCUGUACCCCACGGAGAUCACCAUCCAUGGCAAUGGGUCCUGGCCCUGCCAACCACCUGGAGACCUUGUCAACCCUCUCAACCUCACCCUUUCUGACUCUGGGGACAGGCCGUCAUCUCCACAGCGCAGGCGGCGACAGCUGGAUCCAGGGGGAGGCCAGGGCCCCCCACCUGUCACUCUGGCUGCUGCCAAAAAAGCCAAGUCUGAGACUGUGCUGACCUGUGCCACUGGCCGUGCCCGCUGUGUGUGGCUGGAGUGCCCCAUCCCUGAUGCCCCCAUUGUCACCAACGUGACCGUGAAGGCACGAGUGUGGAACAGCACCUUCAUCGAGGAUUACAGAGACUUUGACAGAGUACGGGUAAAUGGCGGGGCUACCCUGUUCCUCCGAACCAGCGUCCCCACCAUCAACAUGGAGAACAAGACCACGUGGUUCUCUGUGGACAUUGACUCGGAGCUGGUGGAGGAGCUGCCGGCUGAGAUCGAGCUGUGGCUGGUGCUGGUGGCCGUGGGUGCGGGGCUGCUGCUGCUGGGGCUGAUUAUCCUCCUGCUGUGGAAGUGCGGCUUCUUCAAGCGAGCCCGCACUCGCGCCCUGUAUGAAGCUAAGAGGCAGAAAGCGGAGAUGAAGAGCCAACCGUCAGAGACAGAGAGGCUGACCGACGACUACUGAGGGGGCAGCCCCUGCCCCCGGCCCACCCGGUGUGACUUCUUUAAGCGGACCCGCUAUUACCAGAUCAUGCCCAAGUACUACGCGGUGCGGAUCCGUGAGGAGGAGCGCUACCCGCCUCCAGGGAGCACCCCGCCCACUAAGAAGCACUGGGUGACCAGCUGGCAGACUCGGGACCUUUACUACUGAUGUCUUCCCUGAUCCCAGAUCCCAGCCCCUCCCA